AUGGGGACAUGGUUAGAGCAUGGAGGUAGAAAAGAGACCUCCAUGGUUAGAGUUGGUAGUACUACCAUGGAAGAUUUACCAAAUGCUGGUUGGCCGAAUUGUAGUGUAUCUGAUGAACCAUCCCCUGGCUAUUUCCAGGAAGGAGAUCAGAUUGUUAUUAUAUGUGGCGCCAGUGGAGGAAAUCCACCUCCAGAAUUGUACUGGCAUGAUGAAAAUUUUGAGCUACUGGAUAAAAAUUGCACCUGGAAUGAACAACAAUCAGCUAAUGAAUUAACUAUUUCUUCAUGUACAUGGGAACUGGAGUCUUCGGACAAUGAACGUGUAUACACGUGUACUGGUAAAUCUGACGCAUCUUCUCAGACGUAUGACUGUGAUACUGGGCAACUAGAUGUUAAAUAUGCCCCAGAUAGUCCAAUGUGUAAUGAGGCAGCAGAGAACGACUUUUUCAAGGAAGGAAAUGAAAUUACUCUGAUAUGUGUAUCAUUAGAUGGAAACCCACUUGCAACUCUGCAAUGGGUUAAUACAUCUAGUGGUAUAGUGAUGACUAGGACUACACCGGAACCUGGUGACAGUGAGAGUAUUGCUACUUAUAGUUGGACUCUUAGCAGAACGGAUAACACUGGUGUGUAUGUAUGUGGAGCAACCAAUAUUAUACAGACAGUUCCCCUCACAUGUAGCAGUGGACCACUAAAUGUAUCAUUUGCCGCAAUGGAUAUAUUAUUAUCAGAACCAAACAAUCCUUACAAACGUGGUGAAUACAUAACCUUGACGUGUAAAUCCAGUAGUAGUAAUCCACCGUCAUCCAUUGAAUGGUAUCAGAAUAAUACAUUAGUUAUGAACAGCGAAUACGAAACUGUUGUUGGUACAGACUACAUCGAUGGUGAUUACAAUGGAACCAUCACCCGGCAAGAUUUGGAGAUAUAUUUGACCGCUCAACACAAUAGCGCUGUGUAUCAAUGCGCAUCAUUCCUCUUCGUCGACUACGAAACUAUUCGUUCAGACUGCAUAAUAUUGGAUGUCUAUUCACAAUCAUGUUUAGUUCCCCCUACAGAACCAUUUCCUUGUCAGACUAGACUUACUGGUUACAAUGGUCAUGUAAUGGCUGGUGAAGAGUUAAUAUUGACAUGUACGUCAUGCAGUAGUAAUCCACAAGCUGAGUUAAUAUGGUAUGUAGAUGAUAUGGAAGUACAGGAUGGACUCAGUGUACCACGUUAUACCCAUGCAGAAUAUAAUGGGAAGCAAACAUCACAGAAUCUAACAAAGUCAAUGACAUAUUUGGACCAUGGAGCAGUGAUUUAUUGUGCGGCGUAUAAUCCUGAAUUCAAUAAAGAAAUGUAUUAUUCCAAUAAAACCGUACUGAAUGUGCACUAUAGUCCAUUUAUUGAAAAUACUGACGAGGCAGUGAUAAAAGCUGCCGUAAUGGAAACAGCUAAUAUAUCAUGUGAAGUUAAUAGUCACCCGGAUUCCAAUAUCACGUGGUAUGACUCGUUGGGGAAUGAGGUCAUCAACGGCUACAGACAGAAGUUGAUUGUCGAAACAAAGAAAGACACAAUACAGACUAGUGUGUUGUUAAUUACAAAUGUGACAGCCACAGAUUAUGGAAAUUACACAUGCUAUGCAGAGAACUAUAUUAAUAUGACGUAUUUCGUUGUUUACCUGAGUGGGACAAGUAUAGUAUUUUAUCCAGUGAAUGACGGUCAAUCGUAUAACACAGAGAUCCUAAUAUGCCUAAUGUGUUCAUUAAUCCUUAUCAUAGUUGACAUUAUACUAGUGUAUUUUAUACGCAGAGAAGACUGGAUGGUUAAAUCCGAAG